CACAGAGUACAUCACAACAUCAACAUCAUAUAUCUGCAUCACUUCCGAAUCCGAGAAAAAUUGGAAGAUUAUCCGAGAAGUUGUCACAGAAGCACUUGGUAUCGUGUUGCAAGAAUGAUCUUUAAAUUUCUUUUCAUCGUUACCAUUAGCAGUGUAAUUGCAAACGGUAAGCCUAUCAUUGAUUUUCUAAGUUAAACCUAAAUGGUAGGACAACUUCUUGGUAAAAUUCCAAAAAAAAUUGAGACACAUUGAGCAAAAACUUUGUUUACCUACUACAGAUAGCUAAGAAGUAAUUGUGUGCUAAAAAACCAAAAGCUUCCCCCCUUCCCCGAUUUAAUGUUGACCAUCAAAGUUUUUUCAUAGUACUGCUUAGUUAACAACAUUGCUAAGGAGGAAGAGGUGGAAAACAUUAUUUUGGAUCACAUGGUGAACAAUUAUUGCUUGUCGUGAUAACCUGUCUAAACUACUUUUGCGACUGGUUGAAACUCGGUCUCUUCGAAAACAGGGGGGUAGCUUUGUAAAGAAACUGUGUUAAAUCGCUCUGACGAAGGGCUAACGCUCGAAAAGUCAGCUUUGCUACUCUUUACGGUGACCAAUUUACGUUAUCAACUCAGUUGAUAAUACUAAAUUGGCUUCUUCGAAAGCGCUCAAGUUUAGUAAGUUCAAAGUACGUAUUGAAAGAUUGGUCAACGUUUUGGAUGCAAACUUGGAAUAAAAUUUAGAUAAAAUCUAUCCACAUAAUGAAAACGCGAUCGAAACGCGCCUUGACUAUAUGCAAUCAAAUUGCUUGGUAAAAGUUAAUGAUUUGAUGCCGAUUUUUAUCGAAUAAAUGUCCGCGCUAAUUAAUCUCUGAGUUCAUUAACUAACCAAAGUUUAGGAAAAUCAUCGCUGCUUCUAUUAUCAACCAUUUGAACUGCCAAGCAACGAUCUGCAUCCUGAAAGUAUGCUACUGCAAUUUGAAUUUUAAACGGAAACAGAUGUUUAAUUCGUUUCUCAAAAAAGAUACAUCUCAAAUAUCAAAUAUGGCUCAGUGUUACCUAGAGGCGUUCAUACACCCAUAAAACAAAGUUGUCUGUCAACGGGUUAUGAGUUCAACUGCGCAAACUGAUUCAUAUUUUAGAGGUCAAAAUUAUUUUUGAUCGAACGUGCAUUCUGUACUUUAUGACGUCAUAUAUCGUUACAGUAAGGAUUCUCACUCAGCUUUACCUACAGGUAAUUCAAUGGUUGGCAAAUUUCUAGCGUUUCAACUUUCUUUACAGCUCAGCAAGAGGACGAUUGGAAACAGCUCAGUUUGCUUCCCGUGUGUGUCAGGCCUAGAGAUAAAGGUUAUGGCCAUUUGCAGUACCACGGCAAGAGUAAACUGGUGGCAGCAUUGAAACUAAAGCAUCAGACUGGGAAGAUCAGGUGAGAAAAAUGCUGUGCGUCGUGCGUCUGGUUUCAGGCUCGGAGCCUGUCUAGGACCACGGUUGUGUUUUCAGGCAGGAUCAUUCCCAUCCGCAAUGCUUGUCGAUUUCCAGCCAAUAUUGGCGAAAGUACCAGUGAAUUGUCAAAACCUCCAGAUGACGAAAGUGUUCGGAGCAAGUUAACACCGGCAAUAAACUUGCCUACCAUCUAGUAUAAUACCUUUCUGUCCAUAUGUUUAUAAGACAAGAAGAGCAACAAUGCCUGCAUCUGAUACACUAUUCUCUAUGCGAGGAAUCCUUCGAACUCCUUAAUAUGUUUCCACGAGGCUCGAUAACUCUUUCCUGAUUUUUCUUGCAAAAGUGGCUACAUACAUCAAAAGGGUCUACAGGGCAUGAUAAGUCUAUUGGGAAUACAGUGGGGGCGCAAAGGCUGGUGGUUGAUUACGCUUUUUUUCUUUAAGCGAAUCAAAAAAAGUUUUUUUAUCGGAUCUGGAAAUGUCUUACUCGGCAUUGGCCAAACAUAAUAGCCCUGAAGAAAUCAGAAAGCAUGAUAUAGCGUCCAUAUUCAACUAUAUAAUUGCGAGACUUUCUAAUUGCUUCCUAAAGGUGUACCAAUAAUGAGGCUUUCGACAGCAAUUGGGGCUGUGCCAAAGAGAAUGGAUUCAACAUCAUUGUUACAGACGAAUCUAACCAUGUGAUCUAUCCGCACGAAGAGCUCAUCAAAGAUUCUUCUGGAAUGUGGUAUUACCUACCACUGGCUGAUGCAGUGUAAGAAGGAAAUCUUCAAUAUCUAGAUCUAUGAUUGCUAAUUAAGUUAAAUCAUAAAAGUUGCCAGCCACCGAAUUUUCAAUUAACACAGUUAAUGAGUCAGUCAGUCAGUUGUUUAGACAGUCUGACAUACCGACUUUUAGACAUAAUUUGGUUUUAUCACUUGAGUUGAUAAUGUAAAUCAGCCACCGUAAAGAGUUUCUAAGCUGACGUUUCGAGCGUUAGCCCUUCUUCAGUGCGAAUGACGAAGGGAUAAUGCUCGUAACGUCAGCUCAGAAACUCUUUACGGUGGCCAAUUCACAUUAUCAACUAAGUUGAUAAUACUAAAUAAUCCUGUUAUACUUCCCCACCGACGCAGCACCACGGUUUCUUUAGAAACUGACCGCAUUUAUCUAGACAGUCAGUCGGUUAGUCAAACAAUGUAAGGCAGUCUGACAGACAGGCAGUUAGUCGGAGUCAGACAGACGAUCAGAAAGCCAGUCAGUCAGAGGAUCAGUCGGUGAGUAAGUCGAUCAAACAGUUCCUCGAUCAGUCAGUCUGUUGGGGACUCAGUAAAUCAGUCAACCAGUUAUUCCGCGAUUAAACCAGUCUGUGGGUAGGUUUGUUAAUUAAAACUUUGAGUGCACCUCUGGCUCCGUUUAAGUCGCCCAAAUCCCUUUUCAAACAGUAAGUAGCUCAGCCUGUCGGGAUGUCAAUUUGUAAAUCACUCAGUAUGUUAGUAAGUCAGACAGUGAGUCAGCCAUUGCCCCAGUCUCUUAAGUCCGUUAGUUACAAUUGGUCGACCUCACACUCGGCCAUCCAGUCGACAUUUAAGAAAGUCAGCCAGUUAGUAAGUCAGUGAUUCAAUCAAUCUGUCAGUUAGUCAGUCUAUCAAUCGGUCCGUCAUUCAGUCAGUCGAUCAGUCAGCCAAUUGGUCAGUCAUUCAGUCAGUUAGGCAGGCAGUCAGUCAAUCAGCAGUCGGUUAGUCCCUUGGUUAAUCAAUAAAUCAAUAAAUCAAUCAGCCAAUAAGUUAAUCAACCCAUGGACCGAUUCGUUUAUAAAUCGAUUGAACCUUUCUUGUCCCUCAGCUAGUACUAAAGAACAAUCUAUCUUUUAUUAGACACUCGACUGAGAUUGUCUUCGAGGACUUUUGCCAUCCGUUUUACUUGCAGCAGUAUGGAAAACUAAGGUUUUGGUACGGGGAAGACUUGAAGAAGCACAGUGACACUGACAACCAGGGUCAAGUCUGUUUCGACGUUUUGGCGCUGUUCAUAUAA